GGUGAUGUGGUGAUGUGGUGAGUUGAUGGUUGGUUAUAGAGUAGGUGGCAGUAUAGCACGCGAGUAGUAGAUGUGGACGUGAAUUGAAUUGGAUCGGAGGGAUUGAUGGAGAGAUUGAAGUUGAAUGAAAACAGGAGAUCAAGAACAGCGAGGUCAGAAGGGCGUCUAAUAUAUAAGUUCUUUGGGGAAGCUCCUCCUCUUUUUUGUGGCCGUCUUGUCUUGUUUUAUUUUUAUUUUGUUUUUUAUUUUUUGAAGAAAAGCCCGACCGGGAUGAUUGGCGCUGAACCCGAAGCAGCAACCAGAAUAAUCCCCAAAUCUAAAAUGGAUAAAAUGGAAAUCACGGAAAAGUGCCAGACUGUCAGUGAUGGAUGUGAUGCUACUGGGUGGGCGCUUCAAUCGGAAACAGAGAGUUGUCACUUGUCACAGCCUAACGAACCAGAUUCAAAGUUAGCAGUGAAGGAGAAGCCAAAAUCACCAAAAAUAAUCAUCAGAAAUUAGAAUCAGAAUCAAGCCCAUAAAAGAAAAUGAAAAUAAAAUAGAUUAGAAAGCAAAGUUAGAGACAACGAAAUUGGACAAGGCAUGCAUUCCUGCCCCACCCCAGCGUUAAUCGUUCUGUUUCUACGAAUCUACGGAGGAGGUUCUACA